AUGAGUUAUGAACGUCGCGGCGGCGGUGGUAGAAGGCGCCAUCACAGAGAUGACUAUGACGACCGACGGCGCGAACCUUAUGAGUCACCAGACGAUAAGCUCAAAAAUGCCAUAAUCAAGUUGGGCGAAGUGGAUCCGGUGGAAGAACUCCCUAGACUGGAAAAACAAAUCAGGGAACAUGUUCCCCGUAACAUCCCCAUCCUUUCAGAAGCUUUUCGUAUUGGUGUGACAGAAGAACCGUACAAAACGCCCUACUAUGCCGCCCUUUUACGAUUGCUGCAUGACCCUUCAGACGUUGGCAUUCCAGAUGAGACGCCCCUUGGCAGACUCAUUCUCGAAGAUUUUUGGAAAGGCUUCCAGGGAUAUCUGGACAAGGUUGCUUGGAGAGAGACUCGACUAUGCAUUCAUUUCUUUGCCCAUCUAACGGUGGCCAAACUGAUCUCGCCUGAGUCCUUGUUUUCUCUCCUGCAAUCAUUCACAGCGGUCCUCGAUGAAUUCGGUGUCUCUCAUGGGCGAGCAAAACGAGCAGCCCUUUGUGCUGGCGAAGGCCUUCUUGUGGUAUGCCCCAUUCUUAUUCCCGGCGGCGGUCAUCUUGAUUUCUCUCAGGCCGGACCCAUAUUAAAACAAUAUUCUCCCUCAAACACAACGGAUAUAAUUGAGGCAAUUCGAACCUAUAACGAACUUACUGUUACACAAAAGUGGCUGGUAGCGCCCGUCACCAAGAUUUACAGUGAUGUCGUCCCAGAAGAAAAUGCAGUCGAGCUUCUGGAUAUCCUGUUGACCAUUUUACAAACCCUGGAUCGGGGAGAUUUUGAGGAAACUGCCAACUGCCUUCCCAGACCAUACUCUGAAUAUCCAGAGAUUGACACCACCGUUCUGCCUCCAUACAACCUUCCUUUGGUGCUAGUUCCACCGGAGAUCAUCGAAUUGGAUGCCCUUUCAGGGGAUUCUGGCGAGGAAGCCCAGGUAAAGAAAGAAGAAUGGCCAGAGUUUUUUAUUCGACUAUUUGGCUCCGAGGUCUCUCCCGAUUUCCAAAAUCCUGUCGGGUAUAUUUUGCGAACCGCACUUCUGGAUAUCACCGAUAUUUUUGAGGUGAACAGGAAAGAAUGUGCCCGGUUACUCCUCGAAUACCCCAAGUGGAAUCUCCCUGGAACAUUCAAACCCAAGCCUGGAGCAACAGUCACUGCAGAUCCUGUUCCUGGGAAAGAUUGGCAGUUGGAGAGCACGAUUAUUGAGACCACUCUAGGAGCGUACUUGAUUCUCCCAGAAUCGUCCUCAAAGUCCAUUUACUACACCAGUCUCAUAACAGAGCUCUGUAAACUGUCGCCUUCAACCGUAGGCCCAGCCGUGGGAAAGUCCAUCCGUAAGCUCUAUAUCUCCCUCUCUGAAGGUUUGGACGUGGAAGUAGCGCGUCGAUUCGCGGAAUGGUUUGCUGUUCAUAUGAGUAAUUUCGGGUUCCAGUGGGUGUGGAAGGAAUGGGUACCUGAUCUUUCUUUGACCGUUCAACACCCACGUCGUGCGUUCAUGCGCAGAGCGAUUGAGUAUGAAAUACGGUUGUCCUAUCAUGACCGCAUCAUGAAGACCCUUCCCGAAUCGAUGCAGACUCCUGAGGCAUACACCAUUGCAGAACAAGCACCAGGUCCUGACUUCGGAUAUGAUGACCCUGGCAAAGCGCAUCAUGAUGCUGCUCAAGCCGUUCUCAAUCUUUUCCGAGGACGAGCAAAAGCGGAAGACGUCAUAUCACAUCUCGACACCCUCAAAUCCACCCUCGAAAGCUCAGAUGAAGGGCACGUCAACGUCGACGCUGUCGUGCGCUCCAUCGCCGUCCAAUCCCUCCUCCACAUCGGCUCACGCUCCUUCUCACAUUUGCUCAACGCUAUCGAGCGCUACCUCCCUCUCCUACGAAACCUUGCCAGCAGUGGUGUCUCAAGUGUCGGAGGCGGUGGAAAUGCAGAGGCUAAAGCUGACAUCCUCAGUGCUGCGGCUGCAUUCUGGAAGCACAACAGACAAAUGGUUGGCAUCGUUUUCGAUAAACUGAUGCAAUACCAGAUCGUCGACCCGACUGAUGUCGUAGGCUGGACUUUCCUGAAUGGGGCUGUGAUUGGGCAGUUUAGCGAGCUUGCCGGCCCGAUGAAUCUCAGUACAUUCGAGUGGGAUUUGUUGAAGGGUGCUCUGGACAAAGCCAAUGGACGAGUGAUGAUCGCCAGGAGGAAAGUCACAGCAUUGAGGAAAGAAGAUGAUGAUACACGUGCCCGUGUAAAAGCUAGUACUGACGCAGACACGAUGGAGGUGGAUGCUGAAGAGAAACCAGAAGACACUACGUCUGACAACCCCGCCCUCGUCACUGCCCUCAAGGCUUUCUCAAGUUUAACCAAGGAACAAAAGGCAGCACUUUCAAAAACACUCGAAGGAUUUGUGUCAUGCCUUGCACCAUCUCUAACUGACCCAAGUCCAAACCCCCACGCCCGGACAGUCAUCUCAGAAGAGGCAUGGGAAAACCGAGCGAAUUGGGGUCGAGAUGAAUGGAGUGCCUGGGAAACUUGGGGCUGGUACAGGCAGUUCUGUAGAGCGUAUUCGCCGUACCUCCGAACAUACUCCAACACGCUGUACGCUAUCUCGUUCGCCAAAUUCGACGGAUCUAAAGAUCCAGCUGCUGAGCUACUCAAAAGGAUCUGGAACAUUGCUACGGGCCAAGAUGCUUGA